UGGCGUAAAGUUCACAGUGCACGGUGUAAAGUUCACCCGAACGACGUAAAAUCAUAAACACGUUCGCAAGAUAAAAUUUAAUCGUGACGUAAAGUUCUCUUAUGUAAUAAAACACCGAGCUCUAUAACGCCUUCGUCUCCAUUUAGAUUAUUAUUAUCGCUCUUUUGAUAAAGUACUUCCGCGAUGGAGCUCUCAAAUUGGUCAGUGAACGCGCCACGCUUUCCGCUCCUGUCAAGAGUUUGGACCAUGUCUGCGAACAUGAAGACUCUGCUACUUAUUCUCCCGGGCAAUUUAGUUGAGGAUCAAGCAAUUUGGGAAUGUUUCUUGCAAUCGUUGCACGUUUGAGUGUUCGAAAUGGGUGAACCUCGUUUGAAGCGAAGCGUUACCUUUCACGGAAACUUCACAUGGAACAGCGUGUCGGGACGCUCCGUGGGUCUGAAGCCCGUCCCGCUGCAAAGCCUCUCCGAGCUGGAGAGAGUUCGUCUGCAGGACGUUGCCUUCAGGCGACUCCUUUGCGAUCGGAACUUGGGCUGCCAAGUCACCAUUCCUAAAUAUGGCCACAAAUACAAAAAGUCGCUCAGGCGUAAGCUGGAUUCACUUUCCAAGGAGAAGAGUAAAGACAGAGAGGCAACACCGCAAGCCUUCAGCAUCCCGUUGGCGCAGGUCAUCUGCAACGACCGCACGCAAAAGCAGCGCCACGACGCGCCGCAGGAGCAGCACUGCGACCCCACCGAAUUAGUGCUGUCCUUCCUCCACUUCACCUCCACCUUCAAGAGGGCCAACAAGGAUCUGUCGAGCAGCAACUCAUCCCUCAGCUCCAAUUCAGAAAGUCCCAAUAUGUCGCCGUUUGCUCGAGCGGCUGACCCGGCUCCGAGGACGUGCAGGAGGGGCGGCGUGUCAGUGGACUGCAUCACCGACCUGGACGAUAACCAGUCGCAGCUCUUGGAGGCCCUCCAGUUGUCUCUGCCAGUGGAGACGACGAGCAAAAACAGGAAGAAGAGGCACGACAAAAAACUGAGCCUAAACCCCUUGUACCCCCAAGUGCCCAAAGUGGUGGAACUCUGCUGCCAGCACCUGGAAAACCACGGUUUACAGACUGUGGGAAUCUUCCGUGUGGGAAGUUCCAAGAAAAGGGUGAGGCAGAUGCGUGAAGAGCUGGAUCAGGGAUGGGAGCUCCAUUUGGACGAGCAGCACAGCGUUCACGACGUGGCGGCCUUGCUUAAAGAAUUUCUCCGCGACAUGCCUGACCCACUAUUGACUCGGGAGCUCUACACGGCGUUCAUCAACACAACGUUGUUGGAGCGGGCCGAGCAACAGAAGGCCAUCCAGCUCUUGAUGUUCUUGCUUCCUCCUUGUAACUGUGACACGCUGCAUCGCCUCCUCUCCUUGCUGUCCGCCGUGGCUGCGCAUGCUGAUGACAUGCUGGACGAGGAGGGACACAAGAAACCGGGAAACAAGAUGACCUCGUUAAAUUUAGCCACCAUCCUGGGGCCCAACCUCUUGCACAAGCAAAAAAACUCCGACAAGGAGUUUGCUGUCCAGAGUUUAGCCCGUGCCGAGGAAAGCAACGCCAUCAUCAGCGUGCUCCAAACCAUGAUCAAUUCGUGUGACUCUCUAUUUCUGGUUCCUGCUGAGCUACAGAAUGAGGUGCUGCUGAGUCUCCUAGAAACCGAUCCUGAUGUUGUGGACUACUUGCUGCGGCGGAAGGAUACUCGAUACUCUGAUUCAAGCCUGAGGGCAGUGCGCGAGUCCUCCCUGAUGGAGAGGUGCUCAUCCAAUGAGUCCCUGUCCAGCGGCGAGGCGUCCCCUUACGACAACAGCUCCCCCGUCCUAUCCGAUCGACUCCUGCUCCUGGAGGACGACCAGACGCUCUCGGAAAGCGGCAACGAAUGCGCGUCUCGAAACUCGCCAGCUACCUUUACCACAGAAGAGGCCUUGGAGGAUCACUUCUGGGACACCUGGCAUCCACUUUUCAGCAAGAACGUUAUUGACCUUGACAUCAAUGGCUCCCUCGGAGACAUGUCUGAAUGGAAGUCAUUUGGAUCGUCAGAGGGGCUGAGCGGUCGCCAAGGUAACAACAAGCUGCCCGUCAGCCCGACAACAACCUCAUUGGAUGCUUCGGGAGUCAGGCCACACCUCCCGGCGGCUCGCGGCAGCAGCGGCGACGGCCCUCGCGACCAGACGGGAUCCAAGCAACCAUUACCUUCAUUACACCAAGCACCCAUCAGCCAAUCCGGAGCCAUCGGCUCGAACGACCUGGCAGACAGGGCGAGACGCCCCGUCGAUGCCAUCCUUGCCGAUGGAAGAGAUUAUUUGUUUCAACCUCUCGGUGAGAUGCGUGUCUCUCAUUCCGCGCCCUCCAUCACUCUGCCUCGCCAACCCCAGAGCGGAAGCACUAGAACUGCGCCUGAACGGGCCUCCGGUAAAGCGAACGGCCAUAUUUGGCAGAUCCUAUCGACAAACAAUGGAGAUGCGCUGCCCGAAACGCUGGUGUGACAAAAUCAUGAAGACUUUUUUUUUUGGCCCAUCAUAAUCAGCCGCUGAGAUGAUGCUAGUAGCAAAUUCUCACUGGUAGUUCAAAUCGUUUCACUGAUUGUUCUAUAUACUAUGUAUAUAUGCGAUGCUAAGAUAUAUAAAUGUCCAUGCAUUAAUCGUCAAUUUAUAUAUGACACGUGUUUUCUUUUCUAAAUAGUCUUGACAAUCAAAUGCAUUUCAGCCUUUAAAACAUGUAUAAAUGUAUUUUCUAUUUAAUAACUUAAAUUUCAGCCAGAUUCAAAUGCUGAAUAUAAACACAGUCGUAGAUAUGUUCAUAAUUUGCCAUAAGAAAUGAUAUUCACCCGCAUAAGAUACUGCAAAGAAUUUUGUCGAAAGCCUACUAAAAGCCUUUUUUUUUUUCUAUGUUAAUAAUUGCACUGCAAUUUUUCUGGAACUACUGUAAAUGUAUUAAACCUAAUGUUUUUAAUCACACAUUUUUCUUUACAUGCAUUAAACACCAUAUCCACAAUCCA